GUCGCCCUGCGCGCCUGGCGUUACCGCGGCUGGCCGGGUUUGUAUGCGUGGAGCGCAGCUUGCUUCCUCCCUUCGGGGAAUUGCUGUACCUGCCUUCUGGGUUUCGUUGGUCACUCCCCUGCACCUUAGAGGGCAGGGGCUCUAGCUCACCAACGGAAAACUGGCACAGAGCCGAAACUUAAGAUGUGCCUGCAAAGAGGCCUCUCUCUGGCGUUUGGGGUGACGGUGUCUGGCCCGCUUCAGCUUCGGAACCUUGCUUCAGAAGUAGCCCGGGUCCUGGGACAGAUCCGAUGUGACCGGGCCUGAGUGAGGUUGCGAGGUGCAUGCGGAAGUGCUCCGGACGGAGAGCAGCCUCCAAGGCUUCUCCAGGCUUGUCCUGGGCUAGUGCCCGUGCCGCACGCGCGAGUCGAGCCUGCGGAGGGACUUUGAACAUGUCGGGGAUCGCCCUCAGCAGACUUGCCCAGGAGAGAAAAGCUUGGAGGAAGGACCACCCCUUUGGCUUUGUGGCUGUCCCAACUAAGAACCCAGACGGCACCAUGAACCUGAUGAACUGGGAAUGUGCCAUACCAGGAAAGAAGGGGACUCCAUGGGAAGGAGGCUUGUUCAAGCUGCGGAUGCUCUUCAAAGAUGAUUAUCCAUCCUCACCACCGAAAUGUAAGUUUGAGCCGCCGCUCUUUCACCCGAAUGUGUACCCUUCGGGCACAGUGUGCCUGUCCAUCCUGGAGGAGGACAAGGACUGGAGGCCAGCCAUCACCAUCAAGCAGAUCUUAUUAGGAAUACAGGAACUUCUAAAUGAACCAAAUAUCCAAGACCCCGCUCAAGCAGAGGCCUACACGAUUUACUGCCAAAACAGAGUGGAAUAUGAGAAAAGGGUUCGAGCACAAGCCAAGAAGUUUGCACCCUCAUAGACAGCGACCCUGUGGCACCGCAAAAGGAAGGGAUUGGUUUGGCAAGAACUUGUUUACACCUUUUGCAAAUCUCAAGUCGCUCGUGCAGUUACCGUCGCCUGGGAGGGUUGGGCGGGCGCCAUCUUCCAUUUCCGCCACUGGCAUACAGUUCUCGAUUCGCUGAAUUGCCCCAGUUUUUCAUACAGGGUCUCUUCCUUCAGUCUUUUGUAUUUUUUGAUUGUUAUGUAAAACUUGCUUUUAUUUUAAUAUUGAUGUCAGUAUUUCAACUGCUGUAAAAUUAUAAACUUUUAUACUUGGGUAAGCCCCUAGGAGCUAGUUCCUUUGCUCGGAUGCAGGCAUGCUUCACCGUUCAGAGCUGUCCCGGCCUCCAGUGGGCUGUGUGGAAGUCCCUGUCCCUCCCUCCCACACCCUUCUCUCAACCUGGCUGUUGCUAAUGCGCCUCGGAUCCAAAGUCAGCAGCGUCUCCACCCGCACCUCUUCCUUUGUGUUUAUAUGGCGUUUGUCUGUGUUGCUGUUUAGAGUAAAUAAACUGUUUAUAUAAAGGCUCUGUUGCACUAUCAUCAUUACAGGGAGAGGGCACCUGGCGUGCCAGCCUCUCCGGCCAGCGGCUGUGCCCUUGCUCAGGCCCCUGCUGCAGGUGUGCGGGCUCCUGGCACUGUCUUGCCCUGUUCUCUGGAUAGGACUGUGUGGGUUCUGUCUUCCUGCCCCUGGAUCCUUGGGCCCUGGAGUGCAGACUCGUGAAGUGUUCCCACCCAAAGCUGGCGUCUGUGCAGCUGCAGCCAGGGAGGACACGGUGGCUUAGUCCAGCCAGAGCCAGACAGCGACCAGCAUCUGCCCUGCCCCGCUGACUGACUGCUGUGGCCCUGCAGGGGCCUAGCCACUGCCUGGCCUGACACCCCAGGAGGCAGCCUCCAGUCAUGGCCCUCCUGUGCCUCAGCCUGUCUGGCCCUGCCCUGGGCAGCCUGCAAGGCUCUUGCCUGGGUCUUGUCACAGGAUGCCCCGAGGUGCUGCUGUCCACUGAUCCUGCAGGGAGCUGGAGCCAGCCUGUGAGGAGGAGCUGUUCUCAACGAGACCUUGAGCCGACUGCUGCAGGGCCAGGCGGGCGAGCCCUUCAGCGCAGGGAAGUACAGUGGGCAGAGAUGGCCCAUUGUCCCUGCUCUGAGACCAGGCUGAGGCCUGCAGGGCUCUACCCUCCCACCUGGAAGACACUGUGGGAACUGGUCGCCUGUGGCUCAAGUGCAUCUGCCAAAAGUGCAGGGCCCAGGGGCAGGGCAGGUGCACUGGGGUCCCCAGGACUUGAGGAGCAGAGGAGAAGGGUGGGAACCUGGAACUGGAGCCCUAGGCAGAGGACCUCGCCUGGGGAACUCCCUCCCGCCUGUGUGUGUAGUCUGCCCCCAGAAUGUCAUUUUGUAACACUGACUACAUUUAGUAAUAGUUACACAUGUAUAUGGCUAAUAUAUGGAAAUAAGAUAUAUUUUAUAGUUAAAGUAUUCUAAAGUAAUUGAUGUUUCUGGCAAAUUGUAGUGACUUCAACCAUGAAAUGCGCCUUCUGUACCAGGGUCCUGUGACUUGUAACCUGAGAACUGAAAUGUGAUCAUGCUGCGUUCACCUGAGGAGGAGGUGUUCCCAGCAGGAGGCCCACGACUGACCACUGUAUCAAAGAAUCCGUGAAUUAAAGCAUUUCCACA